CAGACGUAGACACCAGCCACCGCGGACCCGAGCAUCACGAAGCCUUGCGCAAGAACGUAACACACCACCGGCCAGUCUCGAUCUCCAACCUCGAUACUGUGGUCCCGGGGAGCUGCUGGGUCAACCUGACUUCCAGCUUCCAUUCUGCCGUUUCCAGACCUCGAGCGACAGCACACCAUCCAACUCUGCGUUUACAACACGUCACAUCGACAGCCUUCCCCCCCCACUGUAGCUUGACAGCCGAGCUCUGCGCCCACCCUGCAGCAUCGUGAGCUCGGCCGCGCAACAUGUCUGUCGAAGGUUCCGCCGAUCCGGCGCCGAAUCUCAACCUUACCCCUGAGGAGAAACGUGUAUACGGUCAGCUCUUCCGACAAGCCGACACCGAUAAUGUGGGCGUCGUGACUGGCGAGAUCGCCGUCAAGUUCUUCGAGAGGACGAAACUCGAGUCGCGAAUCCUGGGAGAGAUCUGGCAGAUCGCGGACCAGGAGAAUCGCGGUUUCCUAACGCCAGUUGGCUUUGGCAUCGUCCUGCGACUCAUCGGACAUGCCCAGGCCGGCCGUGAGCCUACGACGGAACUCGCCUUCCAACCCGGCCAGCUCCCUCGAUUCGAAGGCAUCAACAUUGGCGGUGGGCUUCCUCCGCCGGCACAAGCACCGGCAGCCCCCAUACAAGCACAGGGUACUGGUGGUCCACUCAGAAUACCGCCUCUAACCCCCGAAAAGGUCGCCCAGUAUGCCGGGCUCUUUGAGCGCCAACCCCUCCAGAACGGCAGCAUGCUGGCCGGUGAUCAGGCCAAGAACAUUUUCGAGAAGUCGGGCCUGCCCAACGAAGCUCUUGGGCGCAUAUGGCAGCUUGCUGACACGGAGCAGAGGGGCGCACUUGUGCUGGCCGAAUUCGUGAUCGCCAUGCACCUUCUAACCUCUAUGAAGAGCGGCGCGCUCCGGAGUCUUCCUACGAUCCUGCCGGCAGCUCUCUACGAGGCCGCCACGAGGCGCCCAACUGCCGCCAGACAAAGCCCGGCCCCCACAGGCACCAUCUCGGCCAUCCCUCGCCAGCUCAGCGGCACCGCACAAGUCCGCACGAGCAGCCCUCUUGGUCGUCCUCCAAUGAGCCCGCAAGGCACGGGUAUUGCCCAGCAGACCACAGGAAGUGAUUGGCUCGUCACGCCCGUGGACAAGGCCAGGUUCGACCAAUUCUACGUGGACUUGGAUAAGACGAACAAAGGAUUCAUCACGGGAGAAGAAGCGGUGCCUUUCCUUAGCCAGUCCGGGCUCACCGAAGAUGCCCUUGCGCAGAUCUGGGAUCUGGCGGACAUCAAUUCCGAGGGUCGUCUGACAAAGGAGACGUUCGCGGUGGCGAUGUACCUGAUCCGACAGCACCGCAGCCGUCGUGAUGCACCUCUUCCCACUUCAAUCCCUCCAAACCUGGUGCCUCCGUCGAUGCGCAGCCAGGCACGACCCCUUGGUGGCAUGGGUGCGUCGCCCUUUGAUGCACCUGGAGCGCCCGCACCCGCACCCGCGCCCGCGCAAGCGAAGCCACCACAGCCUACCUCGGCACUUGCCGAUCUGUUCGACCUCGACACUAUGCCAGCCCCUGCUUCGCUCCAGCAGCCCAUGUCUACUGGAGGAUCUGCUGCGCAGGACCCCUUUGCCGGUGGCCCAUCUUCGCCAGUCAGACCGUCUGCCGCAACCACUUCCAACACUUUCAAGCCAUUCGUGCCAUCCUCCUCGUUUGGCAGGACACUCACCACGAACGACACGGGCAGCUCCGCCGCCGGAUCUGCCAGCCGCGCCACGGCAUCGGAUGACCUCCUGGGUGACAAUGACCCCGAGAUUAGCAAGAAGCUCACUGAUGAGACGACUGAGCUUGCCAACCUCUCCAACCAAGUCAGCUCGCUGUCUAAGCAGAUGCAGCAGGUCCAGGGUCAGCGUAGCACCACGCAGAACGAGUUCAGCCAGGCAAGCCAGCAGAAGAAGAACUUUGAGGACCGCCUGGCGCAGCUGCGCGUUUUGUACGAGAAAGAGGCUGCUGAUGUUGCCACUCUGCAAGAACAGCUGAAGACGGUCCGCGAAGAGACUCGCAAGCUGACAGGCGAGAUGGUGACCAUUGACGGGAACUACCAGGAUCUUCAGAAGCAGCACCACGAGUUGAAGACUGCUCUGCAGGCUGACCAGCAGGAAAACGCAAGCCUGAAGCAGCGGAUCAGCGCUGUCAACGCAGAGAUUGCCCAGCUAAAGCCGCAGAUCGAGAAGCUCAAGUCCGAAGCGCGCCAGCAAAAGGGCCUGGUGGCCAUCAACAAGAAGCAGCUUUCGACGACCGAAGGCGAGCGCGAUAAGCACAAGGCAGAGGUUGAGGAUCUAACAAAAAGCAACGAGGAGUUGUCGCGUGCAGCCAGCCCUGCCUCGCCCGUCCCUGCCCACGCCCACAUCGCUAGUCCGGCAUUGUCGACUUCGAGCGCCAACAACCCGUUUUUCAGACGUACUGGUAGCACAGAUAUCAUGGGGGCUUUUGCCUCCCCGGCAGCCAAGUCUUACAACGACAAAUCAUUCGAUGACAUCUUUGGCAGCGUCCCAACUGGAAGCACCUCGGCAACUCCACCUCCCCCGACCUCUUUCAAGCAGCAGAACACGGGCAACUCAUCUGUCAGUGUAGGCUCCGGCUCCUUUAACACCCCGGCAGGCUCUACACCGACUGUUAGCCGCCAGGCGACGCUUACUGGCGAGCCUCCCGCGCCACCCGAGUCCAAGCAACUCAACUCGAGCUUCUUGCCAUUUGGUGGGGCGACUGAGUCUUUGUCCUCGUCACGCCAAGUCUCGCCGCCCGCAAGCCGCGCGGAAGAUGCACCAAGCAUUUUGUCAGCGGCUGCCCAGCCAGAUGCUACUCCCAGUGCAUCAAGCCUGCACUCUGCGUCACCCAAGUUGGACGAGCUAGAGCGUAGCGACAGCAUCCCAGGCGCUUUCCCUGAGACGCCAGCACAAGGGGCCCCAGCUUUUGCUGGCCACCGGGACAGUGACCCCUUUGGCCAGAUGAAUGACACUCGUAACGCCAAGGACGACUUUGAUUCUGCCUUUGCCAGCUUUGGCAGCUCAACGUCCAAGGCAGUCCCCGAUAAGCCCGCCAAGGACUUCCAUUCUGAAUUCCCACCCAUCUCGGAGCUUGAGCAAGACGACGACUCGGACAGCAGCGAUGAUGGCAAUGGAUUCGAGGAUGACUUCUCGCCUGUUGCUCCGGCGGCGACCGCUGCAGCAGGGUCACAGAAGGCUGAUUCGGUGGCCACGUCGUCUCCUGCCCUCAAGAAGUCGGAACUCGUUGCGGAGCCCACAGGAUCAUCUUUGCCGGCUAGUGAUCUAUCCGCCUUCCCCGAGCCUCCAAAAUCACCUGCGUUCCCUCCACCCAAGGACGCCGACCCAUUCGCCGCGACGCCCACGAACGCAAGCCAAGCUAUAGCCCCUGCUGUGGCAAAGGGUGCGUUCGAUGACAUGAGCGAUGAAUUCGAAGGACUGGAAGACGCCAAAGAAGGAUCGACUGAGGAUGACUUUGCCAGCAUCUCUCGAUCCAACCUCGACGAUUUCAAUCCUGUAUUUGACAGCAGCCCGCCGCCCAGCCAACCCAAGAGUGAGCUUGGCAACUCGGCCAACGCCUUCGGGACAGACAGCAGCUACGACUUUGGGAGCGUGUCCCAACCCUCGAACACUGCGCCCAACGGCGCCUCCUCUGGUUCAGUCACUGCUGCGCCAGCCGCGGGCAAGAGUGCGGCAGACAACCACGACUGGGAUGCCAUCUUUGCGGGCCUUGACACGCCGGCGGAGGGCGGGGCCGCCACUGGCGCUACAGCACCAGGUGCCACGACAACGGAGGAUUCCGUGUCGUCCUCCCAGAACCUGUCUUCUGCCACUACCGAAAGACCCAGCCCGAUUGGCAGGGCACUUACGGAGGAGGGCACACAUGACGACCCUAUAGUGAAGGAUCUCACUGCGAUGGGGUAUUCAAGGAAGGACGCCAUCACGGCUCUUGAGAAGUACGACUAUAACCUGGAGAGAGCUGCCAACUACCUCGCCAGCUCAUCAUGAAUUGAGAUAGGCCCAUCAUCUUGAGGGGAAAGAGGCGGGCAACAGCACAUAAUUGAACUGACGUGGUGCGCUAAAGGAGUGGAGACACUUCGUCCUUUGCCACACUGCAUAGAAUGCUCUUCUUGUCUUUUUACACUUCGACAAUCGAAGGCGGGGCUGAGAAAGGGUGGCGGGUGCGGCCUCACGUUCUCCCAAGGCAUGGGGCUGGCAUCCGGAAGAAGUUGUUGCGUAGUAGUAGAUAAUCAUCUGCAUAUGGAAUAUUGGCGAGCACCAGCCUUUUUUUCUUUUCUUGAACAUAUGCCAACUCCUCUGCUCACGGGGUUGCCCGGCUAAUUCAUGCUAUUGUUGAAUGACUGAAUAAUCGGAAUGGCUGGAUUGACUUUGUAUGCUACCUAGAGUUCAACCAUAAAAUAGGCAAAUCUGAAACCCGGCUAUUCAGUGUGAUCUCCUUUCACUGUUGCCGACGGACUGGAUCGGGGUCUCUAGUUUUCC